UUCAAAUACCAUGUGUUGAACGGAACUAGUGAGUCUCCAAAGUGAGUCUCCAAUACCGCCUCGCAACAGAUACUUGGAGGAGUGUAGUAUAUUUUCAAAGGACUGGCAAAUAAUGCAAAGUUUCAAGAGGGAUGGCUGUUAUCGCAAACCAUACUUUUGGAAUAUUCUUGGAAUACAGCAAAAACACUAUCUCUUUUGGACCCACUAGAACAGUCUGUCUUAUGACACUUUUUUUUCUGACAGACCUAAUGUUCUGAAAUAUUUGCUGAGAUGAUUCAGUACUACAUUGUAUUUGAGAUAUUUAUAGCUAUUUUAUCCAUCUCUGGCAAUGUAUUGGUUUGCUGGGCUGUCGCCAUCAACACCACUCUGAAAACCACUACGAACUACUUUUUAGUGUCUUUGGCUGUGGCAGAUAUUUUGGUGGGUUGCCUUGCCAUCCCCUUUGCCAUAACCAUAAGCAUCGGUAUAUUUUUGGACUUCUAUGGAUGUCUUUUCCUUGCCUGUUUUGUUUUGGUACUGACUCAAAGCUCCAUUUUUAGCCUCCUUGCAGUUGCAAUUGAUAGAUAUUUGGCCGUCAAAAUACCCCUCAGGUACAAGGAGCUGGUGACGGGUACGAGGGCCAGACGAAUCAUCGCCAUCUUAUGGAUCCUGUCUUUCGUCAUCGGCCUCAUCCCAUUCCUGGGUUGGAACCUGAAGGUGACUUCCUGCCGUCAGAAUGUCUCCAGUAGCCUGACGAAUGGCAAGUCUUUGGGGGACAAUGCCAGUACCACCAUCCCCCCCCUGGUGGAUGAUCUGGGCAGAGCAGGUGACUUCCUGAGCAGCUGCAAGCUUAACUGCCUGUUUGAGAGUGUGGUGGACAUGCACUACAUGGUCUACUUCAACUUCUUCGGCUGCGUCCUGCCUCCUCUGUUUAUCAUGCUGGGCAUCUAUGUGAAGAUCUUCACCGUGGCCCGCAAGCAGAUGCACCAGAUUGAACUCAAGUGCUCAGUGAGCAGCAAUGGGGACAGCCACCAUCACGGGCUCCUGCAACGUGAGAUCCGUGCUGCCAAGUCUCUGUCCAUCAUUGUGGGGCUGUUUGCCCUAUGCUGGCUGCCCGUGCACAUCCUCAACUGCCUGACCCUGUUUUACAAGGACCUGUGCAAGCCGGCCCCCGUCAUGUACAUAGCCAUCAUGCUGUCACAUGCCAACUCAGCCGUCAACCCCGUUAUCUAUGCCUACCGCAUCCAGGACUUCAGGAACACAUUCCGAAAGAUCCUGACGCGUCACGUCCUAUGUCAGAAGGAGGAGCCUUACCUCCACUCCUCCAAUGGGAGCAGGCGGAACAGAGACCAGAUCCACAUGACCAUUGACCCUUUACUCUGAGGGGUGGGGCUACAUGGGGCAUGACCCUUUACUGUAAGGGCAGACACCAGUGUUCGUGAGGCGACUAGCCCCGCCUACAUAACUUUACUUCAAGGGUGGGGCCACAGGCCGGGGGUAUGACUCAAGGAGAGACCCAACCCCCCAAAAUACUAUCUGUGUUCAUGUUUUUGUUGUAUUGUAUUCUUCAAUGACAUUUUAAGUGAGAUUAUAAAUGUUUACAGAACAAAGAGAGUGGGUAUGAUGAAAUGUGAAACUGAAUAGAUGAUCUGCCUUGAAUGGGGAGCAUUGCUUAUGAGUUAAUCUGAGUAUCAGGGGCCAGGUGAUGAAAAGGUAGCCUGGUCCCAGAUGUGUUUGUGCUGUCUGGCCCACUCCUAUGGUCAUUGUCAUGGCCAUAGGAGUUGGCAAGACACCACAAACACAUCUGGGACCAGGCAAGUGAAAAGCAGGCAAGAGUCUUAAAGCUGGAAUCCGUAUUAGGUAAAACUGCCACGUCCUUUUGCAAUUUAUAACAACAAAGAAGUUACUUCAAACAACGAACUUCGAGUUGUUUUCCCUCUGAUAUAAUUUCACAUGCAUUAGAACAGCCACUCUGCUGGAUGCUUCUCUCCUCUGUUUCAUCAACAAAACAAAAACAAUAACAAAUGCACUGGGGUGAACAAUGGCACAGUUCACCUUAUGAUUUCAACUGUUAAGGAUUUAAUUUUUAUUUUGUCAAAGCUAACUGGAUUUGCAGGACUGUGAAAUGAACCCAUUACUACAAGAUAACACAUAAUUUACCAUUCCUACACAUUAACCAUAACUCAAAACAUUGCUUUUUCUAAGCCUUAACGUUUCAAAAUAAUAUACAUCAAUUGUUCAACUUUUAUACCAAUGUUUGGUAUUUUAUUUAUUGUCAUGUAGCAGACAUUUAUUUAACCUGGCUGAGGUGUGUACUGUAUUGUUCAUCAUGGGCUACAUCGCACUUGCUCAGUACAGGUCUUGUGUAAAAAACAGACAUAGGAAAGUCUGUCCAGUGGAACAAUUUACGACAGCAACAUCAGCAAAAUCUCCAGUGAGAGGGCAUAACACACACGCAACACAGCUCGGAGUGGAAAAGUAUUUUUACACAUAAUAUAAACUUGUGGGGUGUUAUUGUGCUCUGCUUAAAUUUAGCAAAUGUCAUGGCUUCUUUCGUGUCAUGGAGAAAGCUCAGGAAUAUACAGAAUGUGGUGAGGAAGACUGACUGAGUGGGGGGAAAAUAACCCUGAAAUUCACAGACACAGAGGAUAUUUGGAGGUUGAGAUGUCUGGCAAAAAAACUAUAUAUAAAUCAUCACUCACAAAUACAGUUGAAGUCAUAAGUUUAAAUACACUUAGGUUGGAGUCAUUAUAUCUCGUUUUUCAACCACUCCACAAAUGUCAUGUUAACAAACUAUAGUUUUGGCAAGUCGGUUAGGACAUCUACUUUCUGCAUGACACAAGCCAUUUUUCCAACAAUUGUUUACAGAUAGAUUAUUUAACUUAUAAUUCACUGUAUCACAAUUCCAGUAGGUCAGAAGUUUACAUACACUAAGUUGACUGCCUUUAAACAGCUUGGAAAAUUCCAGAAAAUGAUGUCAUGGCUUUAGAAGCUUCUGACAGACUAAUUGACAUCAUUUUAAUCAAUUGGAGGUGUACCUGUGGAUGUAUUUCAAGGCCUACCUUCAAACUCAGUGCCUCUUUGCUUGACAUCAUGGGAACAUCAAAAGAAAUCAGCCAAAAAUUUGUAGGCCUCCACAAGUCUGGUUCAUCCUUGGGAGCAAUUUCCAAACGCCUGAAGGUACCACGUUCAUCUGUUCAAACAAUAGUUCACAAGUAUAAACACCAGGGGACCAAAUAGCCGUCAUACCGCUCAGGAAGGAGACGCGUUCUGUCUCCUAGAGAUGAACGUACUUUGGUGCGAAAAGUGCAAAUCAAUCCCAGAACAACAGCAAAGGACCUUGUGAAGAUGCUUGAGGAAACAGGUACAACAAUAUCUAUAUUCACAGUACAACGAGUCCCAUAUCGACAUAACCUGAAAGGCCUCUCAGCAAGAAAGAAGCCACUGCUCCAAAACCGUCAUAAAAAAGCCAGACAAAGGAUUGCAACUGCACAUGGGGACAAAGAUUGUACUUUUUGGAGAAAUGUCCUCUGGUCUGAUGAAACAAACAUAGAACUGUUUGGCCAUAAUGACCAUCAUUAUUUUUGGAGGAAAAGGGGGAGGCUUGCAAGUCAACAUCAUCCCAACCGUGAAACACGGGGGUGGCAGCAUCAUGUUGUGGGGGUGCUUUGCUGCAGGAGGGACUGGUGUACUUCACAAAAUAGAUGGCAUCAUGAGUUAGGAAAAAUAUGUGGAUAUAUUGAAGCAACAUCUCAAGACAUCAGUCAGAAAGUUAAAGCUUGGUCGCAAAUGGGUCUUCCAAAUGGACAAUGACCCCAAGCAUACUUCCAAAGUUGUGGCAAAAUGGCUUAAGGACAACAAAGUCAAGGUAUUGGAAUCCUGACCUCAAUCCUAUAGAAUAUUUGUGGGCAGAACUGAAAAAGCGUGUGCGAGCAAGGAGGCCUACAAACCUGAGUCAGUUAUGCCAGCUCUGUCAAGAGGAAUAGGCCAAAAUUCACACAACUUAUUGUGGAAAGCUUGUGGAAGGCUAUCCGAAACGUUUGAUCCAAGUUAAACAAUUUAAAGGCAAUGCUACCAAAUACUAAUUGAGUGUAUGUAAACUUCUGACCGACUGGGAAUGUGAUGAAAGAAAUUAAAGCUGAAAUAAAUCAUUCUCUCUACUAUUAUUCUGACAUUUCACAUUCUUAAAAUAAAGUGAUGAUCUUAACUGCUUUGAAUUAUAUUCUACUUCCUUCAAUUCAAAGCCAAUUCAAAAUCACGGUUUGAAUUGAAAUAAAUUCAAAAAAUCCAAAUUGACCCCAACCCUGCUAGGAACACUUAAGCCUAACCAAAUAUUAGGGGGCUGACAAGUUCUUGUUCUGUGAAAGACAAAAACAUGCUUUGUCAGUGUAAGAGUGUCAUUGCGGUAUUGUAUCUGUGAGUCUGAGACAGAUCUGUUAAAUAGACGGUGCAUCGCUCUUGGUUUGAAUUCCAAGAUGUCUCUCUCUACUUGACCACCCAACGUAUGGUCUUGCACAUGUUUCCUGUGUGGAGAUAGAAAACCAAACCUCAAAAGAAUUCCAGUUUAACGAGGCUCCGUUUGGACAUAAUGGCACUCUGUUAUGAGAAGAGCCAUCCUUCGUGUGGUCAGAUGAGGAUUUAAAUGCACUGACAUUUUAGAUAACGCUAUUACAUUUUUAUGCUUUAAGAUAAAAUGUGUUAUGUAGUGUUUUUCGAGUGUUCACAAGGUUAAAGAGAUUGAACGGGAUCUUAAGCACUUACAAAUUCAUAAUAUAUUGUACAAAUUGGAGGACAGUAUUUCCAUUUCCUUGUUUUUUUUUAUUUCUUCACCAUACUUCACCAUACUCAUCAACCUCUUCAACUUCAAGGGCUAAACUAUAGGAGUGUGUAGAACCUCAAGUACAUUCCAUUUGAGACUGCACUGUACUGGUAUUACUAUCAUUUGUUCACUCAAAUGUGACCUUAGCAUCAAGAUACCAGGGCUGGGGUCAAUUCCAUUCCACUUCAGUCAAUAAACUGAAAUUCCAAUUUCCCUAAAAGUGCUUCUCAAUUAGCAAAAUGUGGAAUUGGAAUCUCAGUUUAUUUCCAGAGUUGACUGAAUUGAAAUGGAAUUGAUCCCAACCCUGCUAGAUACUGUGGGUUGUAAAAGCCUUCAACAAGCAUGACUUGUGAAUGAAUGAGAAAAACCAUAUAAAAACAAGCUUGUCAUAGUGAUCCUGCCUUCCAUUCCAACCUGUGUGUUUGCACAUGUUAUAGUAUUGAUGUCACUAAUCAGUAGCCUAAACAGUCCACUGUGGUUCACGUCUAUGAUGUUCAAUGUUUAAAUAAUAAUUAUUUCACUCAACUGACUACAACUGUAAACCAAUACUGCUAUUUAACAUGAAAAGAUCUGUAUGUAAGGCAAAUUAUUUUGUUAAUAAAAGCUAUGCUUAUAUUGUUACAGGUCA